CAAACAACUUCACUGCGAUGAAGCUGGUUUAUACUAAAAAAUGCAAAGCGGGAAGCCUCUUCGCUUCAGGAAUUCUCUUUCUAGUUGCCAUAGCUAUCAUUUGCUGGCAAGCUUCUUACUCCUACCGUCCGGGUCCAAAGUACUAUUACAGCCAUUUCAGCGGCCUACAAUUUGCGUGCGCACUGGCUUUCGACGCACUGCAAGUACUGAGGCUUGUUAGCCAGCCCUAUAACCGGGAUCUCUAUCUUUCUCGUACACGCCUACUUCAGAUCUUUACCAACACAUAUUGGAUCGUUCUUAGUGUAUCUGCAUUUGCUUGCGCCAUAGGCUACGGCCUGACUCCCAAACCUGAUGCCACAGCUAUCCAGGUACUGAUAUUUCUCAAUAGUGCUGUGGCAUUGAUGAAGGUUAUCAUUGAUCGAAUUUCGCUCAAGGGAACGGGCACGCAAGCCAUGCCACUUCCAGAUUCGAAGCGAUUCUCACAGUCUAGGAGAUGGUUUCUUGCUGUCAGUCGCAAUUCCAAUCGCCUGUUUAAAUUCAUGCGCUUCGCGUUGUCUAUACUAUUCAUCGUCGGAGCUGUACAACUAGCAAUGCAAUACCGCUUCAAGAACCCAGGCACUAUAUCUAGAGUGGAUCUUGCUUCUGGUGCGUCUCUGUCAAUCAACUACUAUUGUACCACUGUGCCUCCCACAAAUUCGUCAUCACUAUCAACGAUCUGGUUCGAAUCAGAUGGAGCCCAUGGCAUCACCGACUUCAUUGGCGUACAGACAAUCUUAGCGGAUUUACACGGUCGCAAUAGCUGCUCGUAUGAUUCGCCAAAUUUCGGUUUCUCCUCACGCCUUCCAUCUUCUGAACCUACAGACCUCACGACCGUAUUCAAUCCACUUGUCCAUGCCAUUCAGCGCGAGAAUGAAACCAAAAUACUGGUCGGUUGGGGCGGAGGAGGAGAGAAUGUUUUGCGGCAUGCCAAGCAGAACCCUAGUACCACAAGAGGAGUGGUAUUGCUUGACGUAUCUCCGAAUGGGAUCGAGUGGCUGGAUCAGAAGAGGACGCAAAAUCUGACCAUGGAAGAAACAGUAACACUGGCGAAGUUAGAUCUAGAAGGAAGGGCCAGUUUGACACAAACAAUUCUUGGUGUGGGUUUACCAUGGGGCUUACUACCAGUCUUCAUUCCAGCUAAUGCUACCGGGUACUUUGACAAAAGUCUUUACCCUCGGCACCACGCUCAAUCUCUGAAGGAGGAUCUAUGGGCAAUGCAGUACUACUCUAUUCGGAGCAUGCUACCUGAUCCAUUCUCUCCUAUUCUGGAGAGUCUUUCGGUCCCAGAAGGUCUUCCGGUCUACAUGGUUGCAUCGUACGUUGCUGGCACAGAUGACGCAAGCAGUGCCUUCUACCGAGAUGAGAAGUCUGCUCCUGAUCCCGAAGGGCUCAGGAAGAACUACCCGCUCUACACCAGUAUUCAUGGCAUAUGGGAAGGUCGGAGUCUAGUAGUCAGCGGCGCGACGAGCGGAGCAUUGUCUUACUUCCGCCUCGAAAUAAGUGGAUAUGCUGGAGGUGUGUGGGCCAAGCAUUCGACGGGCGGUUCAAUAACUGGCAAACCACAGCAGGCAGUUUGACUAUGUCUAUCAUAACCAAUUUGCGAUAAU